CAUUUAUAUUUUUAUACUAUGGUUUUUUAACCGUUACACUCUUUCUGUUGCUUAAUCCUUCCCUCAAACGUGCAAGUACCUGUAAAUUUUUGUCAAGUUUAUUUUUUUUUUUGUUAAUUUAUUUCUUUGGAUCUGAAUGACCUCAACUUCCAUUUUUUUAUUUUGUGAAAAAUUGUAAGAAAAAAAAUAAAAAAACUAAAUAGCAUUUCCCAAAAAUUUAUGCUCUCCUUUUCAAAACCCAGUUGGAAUUUUAUGAUUGUACUUAUGGGUUGCUGUCAUACUACUGUUUCAUUUACUCAUUUGUUCUGUCAAGAUUUCAUCUUUUCUUGAUAUUUUUAUUUUCCCCUCUCAUGAUUUUUACAUUCUUUAAUUAAUUUAUUUUCUUCAUUGUUUAUAAUGUUGGUUUUGUGAUUUUUUCAGAGUGAAAGUAAACUACCCAGAUGAAUUUUUGAGGUAAGUUCAUUUUUAAGAAUAUUUGGUUAAAACAAAAAAAGUGUUGAAAACAUGAUGUUUUAGUCAUUCAGAUGAUUUGGGGUUGUUUGUUUUUGUGAAAUUUUUUAUGGUGUUCAUGGGUUGAUUUAUGUUUUUUUUUUCCCCAGAUUUUAUUGCAUUAUUUAGGGUGUUUAGGUAUUUUUGUAGUAGUUUUAAAUGAGUACUGAGUGACAAAUUAAGUGUAAUUUCUGACAAAUAAACUCAGUAACAGCACUGGAAAUCUGCGGAUCUUAGUAAUAAAUUGACAGUAUAUGCAAGGAAGGUGUUUGAUUAAAGUAUAGUACAGUUGUAUGAGUACUAGUACUAUAGUACUAGCUAUUUUUGAGUGAAGAUUUUUCAUUAGAUUGAGGGUAAAAAUUGAGAUGGUGAGAUCUAUGGAGGAUAAGGAGAUCUCUAAUGGAAGCAUUACAUUUGAGUUUCAUAAAGGGAAUGGGGUUACUAGAGCCUCUCACCCGUCUCGAACCGCCUUAGGAAAACCAACACCUUCAAAGUGGGAUGAUGCACAAAAAUGGUUAGUUGGGUUGUCAAGGGGAGGAGAAAGGAAUUCCUCCAAGGCUAAUAGGCCUCGAAACUCGAAUGCCGAUGAUACGAGGUUGAUUGCCCCCAUUCCCCAUCAAGAGCACCGUUAUUCGGUUGAUGGUGAUGAAGAGGUGGAGAAGGCAGAGAAUGAGAAGAAUGUUCAUACCAAGAAUGUUGAUUGUGAAGAGGGUUUUUGGAGAGUUAAUGAGGGGGUGGGAAAUGCUAGUUUAGGUGUUAGAUCAGUUUGUGUGAGGGAUAUGGGGACUGAGAUGACUCCAAUAGCUAGUCAAGAACCUUCUAGGACAGCCACCCCUAUACGAGCUACCACACCAGCUGCGCGCAGUCCAAUUUCUUCGGGGGGUUCUACCCCAAUGAGGUGCCAGCAUGGUGCUCUAGGUACCGAGAGUUAUCAAUCUCCUCUUGGGAGACAUAAUGGUGCUUAUAGAAUGUCUAAUGGCGAGGAAGAAGAUAAUGGUCAUAAGAUGGGGGAGAGUAAUGGUUUGGAACUUGUUAAGAAGAUUAGUCCUUUAGAAACUCGAGCAUUGGCUUGGGAUGAAGCAGAGCGUGCCAAAUAUAUGGCCAGGUAUAAACGUGAAGAAGUGAAGAUACAAGCUUGGGAAAAUCACGAGAAGAGAAAAGCCGAAAUGGAGAUGAAGAAAUUAGAGGUGAAAGCAGAGAGAUUGAAAGCUAGAGCACAGGAGAAGUAUGCCAAUAAACUUGCUGCAGCUCGAAGAAUCGCUGAAGAGAAGCGUGCUAAUGCAGAGGCUAAAUUGAAUGAGAAAGCCGUCAAGACAUCAGAGAAAGCAGAUUAUAUCAGAAGAAUGGGUCAUUUGCCGUCUACAUUCUCCUUUAAGUUGCCUUCUUUGUGCUGGCAGUAGUAAACUUCCUCAACAUAAUUGUAUCUAGAUACCGGUCUUAACGUUUGUUGCAUUAUUAUUAAGCUUUUGCACCUUUUUCCUUUCAGUUUUUUCAUGUGACAGUGACACCCUUGAAAUGUUGAUCAAUCCUGAAAGUAAAGGAAGAUGAGUUUUGCAUGCAAGGCAACAACCUUAUCCAUGGAUCAGAAUAUCAGAUUUUAACAUUGCA